UGAGGAGGUGCUGAGUGUGAGGCGUCUGCAGAGCUUUACAGGCUGCACUGUUGGGAUCUGCUGAGUCCACUUUUGUUGGUGGGUUUAUGGAGAAUUCUGGAUCUGGAGAAUCACUCUGAAGGGAAAUGAUCACUAACUGGAUCUACAGCCGCCUGUUUGACUGGAAACACACCUGAGAUCAGGUGAGAGUUUCACACAACUGAAAGUGAAAGUCUGAGCAUUCUCACUGGACGGAACAGCAGGAACAGGAAAUGGCUUCCAGAUCUUUCUCAGAGGAGGAUCUCUCCUGUCCUGUGUGCUGUGAGAUCUUCAAGGAUCCUGUUGUUCUGCUCUGCAGCCACAGUGUGUGUAAAGACUGUCUGCAGAAGUUCUGGGAAACCAAAGGAUCCAGAGAAUGUCCAGUUUGUAGGAGGAGAUCUUCAAUGGAGUUCCCUCCUUCAAACCUGGCUUUAAAGAACCUGUGUGAGAGUUUCUCACAGGAGAGAAUUCAGAGAAGUUCAACAGAGCCUGGAAACAUCUGCAGUGACCACACUGAGAAACUCAGACUCUUCUGUCUGGACGAUCUACAGCCGGUGUGUUUGGUGUGUCGGGACUCUAAAAAACACACCAACCACAAAUUCCUCCCCCUUCAGGAAGCAGCACUCGACUACAAGGAGGAGCUCAAAACUGCACUGAAGCCCCUGAAGGAGAAACUGGACGUCUUUAAAAGGUUUAAGCUGGAUUUGGAUCGGACUGCAGAUCAUAUAAAGACUCAGGCCCGACGCACAGAGAGGCAGAUUAAGGAGGAGUUUGAGGAGCUUCACCAGUUUCUACGAGAUGAAGAGGCAGCCAGGAUAUCAGCACUGAGGGAGGAAGAGGAGCAGAAGAGUCAGACGAUGAAGGAGAGGAUUGAGAAGAUGAGCAGAGAGAUAUCAGCCCUUUCAGACACUAUCAGAGCCGUAGAAGAGGAGAUGGCAGCUGAAGAUGUUCCAUUCUUACAGAACUACAAGGCCACAGUGAAAAGAGCUCAGCUCACACUGCAGGAUCCAGAGAGCCUUUCAGGAGCGCUGCUCCAUGUGGCCAAACAUCUGGCCAACCUGAAGUUCACCGUCUGGGAGAAGAUGCAGCAGAUCAUUCACUUCA